AUGGUUUCAAGCUUUCCAGGAUUAGAAAAAGAAAUCUGGGAUAUAGUGAAUGAGUUUGGUGGUGCAGUAUUUCCAAAACUUAACUGGAGCUCCCCAAAGGAUGCGACCUGGAUCUCAACGACCAAUACACUAAAGUGUAAUUCUCCAUCCGACAUUUUUCUUCUAUUAAAGUCGUCAGACUUUAUCGCACAUGAUCUUGAUCAUGCUUUCGAAGAGUGUUAUUAUGAGAGUGAGGACGUUUCUAGGAAACUACCUUCUGACGAAUUUGAAUUAGUACUCCGGAAAUGGUACGAUGUGGCUCCGUCAAUGGAGUUUAGAUGUUUCGUAAAGGAUAAUGAGAUUGUUGGCAUUUCACAGAGGGAUGUUAAUUUUUAUGCCUUUUUGCAAGAGAUUGAAGACGAAUUGGAAACAAGCAUCAUCAACUUUUUCGAAUCCAAGAUUAAAGAAAGAUUUCCUGAUAGUGAUUAUGUAAUUGAUGUGUACAUAACCAGGAAUAGGGAACGUGUGUGGUUGAUAGACUUUAAUCCAUUUGGCCCAAUGACAGAUUCUCUGCUCUAUAGUUGGGAAGAGAUCUUAACUCGUCCCUCAUCUCCUAAGCUCCGUCUCGUUAUUAGCCAAGCAGAAGCGAGUCAGUCACAAAAUGUGGCCUAUUCUGUCAACAGAUAUCCACGCGAAAUGUUUGAUUUCUCACAGGGACAGACAGUUGCUGAGUUUGCUGAAAGCUUCCAAAAUGCGCUGGCUGUUUCUGGAAGAGGUAACGAUGAAGAAAGUGAAAAUGAAUGA